CUGUACUGUGUCCACAGUCUCUGGUCAUCUCCUGUACUGUGUCCGCAGUCUCUGGUCAUCUCCUGUACUGUGUCCGCAGUCUCUGGUCAUCUCCUGUACUACGUCUGCAGUCUCUGGUCAUCUCCUGUACUACGUCUGCAGUCUCUGGUCAUCUCCUGUAGUACGUCCGCAGUCUCUGGUCAUCUCCUGUACUACGUCCGCAGUCUCUGGUCAUCUCCUGUACUGUCUGCAGUCUCUGGUCAUCUCCUGUACUACGUCUGCAGUCUCUGGUCAUCUCCUGUAGUACGUCCGCAGUCUCUGGUCAUCUCCUGUACUACGUCCGCAGUCUCUGGUCAUCUCCUGUAGCAUGUCCGCAGUCUCUGGUCAUCUCCUGUACUGUGUCCGCAGUCUCUGGUCAUCUCCUGUAGCAUGUCCGCAGUCUCUGGUCAUCUCCUGUAGCAUGUCCGCAGUCUCUGGUCAUCUCCU